AUGAAGCUCUGUGAUCUCUCCGCCUCACGAGACUCUCCAUGGUUUCUCACCGGAGACUUCAAUGAGAUCACAGAUAACUCAGAGAAAGCUGAUGGAGUUGAACGGCCUGAAAGUUCUUUCAGUAACUUUCGUUCCUUCCUCUCAGCUUGCGACUUGUUUGACCUUAAACACACGGGCAACUUCCUCUCAUGGAGAGGACAAUGCCAUACCCAUCUGGUGCAGUAUCACUUGGACAGGUCAAUGGCUAAUAGUUCGUGGUCAGAUAUGUUUCCAAAUGGUCGAGCUCAUUAUCUCCAAUUUGAAGCAUCUGACCAUAUACCUCUCAUCUCAACUUUUGAUUCAAAAAAGAAGCGCUCUUCUCGAAUAUUCCGCAAGAAACAAAUUGUGGAACUAAAAGAGGCUCUGGAUACAGCCCUAUCAGCGCUUACCUCUGAUGAUCAACUGAUCUCGUCGCUUAACCUCCAACUCCUCAAGGCAUACAAGGCCGAAGAAGAAUUCUGGAAGCAGAGAAGCAGACUCCUAUGGUUAACCCUGGGAGACAAAAACACAAGUUACUUUCACGCUUCAACUAAAGGAAGAAGGGCUAGAAAUAUAAUUUCAGUGAUCGAAACUUCAAAUGGUGAACCAGUUUACGAGGAUAAUAUGAUUGCAGACACCAUCGGGGAAUAUUUCAGGGAAAUUUUUACCUCUACAGGACACUCAGCACUGGAGAUAGUUAACAAAGCCUUGAAACCAUGCAUCUCUGCUGCUACAAAUGACAAGCUGAUCCAAAAUCCAUCGGUAGAGGAGAUCAAGGAGGCCAUGUUUGUUAUACACCCCGAUAAGGCCCCGGGCCCCGAUGGUUCUCCGCAAGCUUCUUUCAAUCCAACUGGGAUGUGGCUGAUCCCAAAGAUCCAAAGUCUUAAAACAGUUCAUGACUACAGACCUAUAGCUCUUUGUAACGUGUACUACAAAGUAAUCUCUAAGCUGCUAUCCCUCAGACUCAAGCCGGUUCCACAAGAAGUCAUUUCGGAGAAUCAGUCAGCGUUUGUACCUGGCCGAGCAAUCUCUGACAACGUCCUCAUCACGCAUGAAGUGCUUCACUUCCUUAAGACGUCAGGGGCUGUCAAACAUUGCUCGAUGGCUGUCAAAACAGAUGUUAGCAAAGCGUAUGACCGCUUAGAGUGGUCCUUUAUACGAGCACUAUUUGAAAGAAUGGGAUUCUGCAAUACCUGGACAAAUUGGCUGAUGGAAUGCAUCACAACGGUCUCCUAUUCCUUCCUCCUUAACGACGAAGCAGUUGGUAGUUUAGCUCCGCAACGUGGCAUCAGACAGGGAGAUCCACUCUCGCCUUAUAUCUUCAUCAUUUGUGGAGAGGUUCUCUCAGGACUCUGCAAAAAAGCACAAGAAGAUGGGUUAUUGCCAGGGAUUAAGGUGGCGCGAAACAGUCCUAAGAUCAACCAUCUAUUAUUUGCUGAUGACACAAUGUUUUUCACAAAGACAGAUACAGCAGCAUGUACUCACCUUAUGAGCAUCUUGCACAGCUACGAAGCAGCCUCAGGUCAGAAGAUAAAUGCUAUGAAGUCAUCUAUAUCUUUUUCAAGCAAAACCCCUGCAGAGAUUCGAAUGCGAGUUAAAACGCAACUUGGAAUUGAUAAAGAGGGAGGAGUGGGAAAAUAUUUGGGCUUACCUGAGCACUUUGGCCGGAAAAAGAAAGACCUCUUCGCAUCUAUUGUGGACAGAAUGAAACAGCGCUCUCUUAAUUGGUCAACUCAGUUCCUAUCUACUGCAAGCAAAGCGAGAAUGAUUCAAUCAGUCCUCUCCCCUAUACCUUUCUUCGCUAUGACUUGCUUCGAGUUACCGACAAACUUAAGACCAAUAGGACCCGUUCUCUUGAAAGACACUGACCUUAUGGUAUCUGAUCUCCUUUCGAGAGAUACAAAGGAAUGGAACACAACUCUUAUUGACAACCUCCUUCCUGAGUUGAAAGACCAUAUCAUGAGCCUACGCCCAAGCGUCAUAGGAGCACAGGACUAUGUCAUAUGGCCUCUGCAUAAGUCCGGGAGCUACAGUGUUAAAUCAGGUUACUACUCCACCUUUAUUUCUCCUUCUGAACAUGAUCUGGUUAGUAAUAGUACCUGUGACUGGAAACGACUCAUUUGGUCUCAACAACUAUCGCCGAAGCUGAAAUAUUUCCUGUGGAAAGUGGGAUCCAAUGCUCUGCCCACUGGAGGAAACCUACAAAGGAGAGGCCUUUUACACAACACUAACUGUAUACGCUGUGGAGCCGUGGAGACCGUUGAUCACAUCUUCUUCCAAUGUCAAUUUGCAAUUGAGGUUUGGAGCCACGCUCCCUGGAGUCACCAAUCUGUCACCACCACAACUGCUAGUAUCUCCUUCCUCGACACACUAAUGGAAAGUUGGAAAUGGAUCCCGUUACCUCCAUAUGGGUUCACAGGGAACGCCUUCCCGUGGAUAUGCUGGUCUAUCUGGGUCGCGUGA